UCAACAGAAAAGGAAACCGGUUGGUCCGGCUCGGCGGGCCGCCCCGCGCUGCGGAUUCAUUGUUAUGUUCCCGGCGGACGGAGAGGCUGCUGACUGUGUAUCCCAGGCCCGGUUCGGAGCUCCUUCAUGACCCGGGAUGGAGAACUGCUGCCGCGCCUGCUGCCCCUGCUUCUCCCGGCUCUGGAACUGGAUCUGGCCGGCUCCCCGCUACCCUCCCGUCCCGAACCUGGUCAUCGCCAACCCGGGGGCCCGGUCGGCGGAGAUCCGCACCGUGUCGGGGAACAUCCGCCCCCCGUCGCCCAAGAAGCGGCCGGUGCAGCUUUACGCGGCGCUGUACGACUUCCAGGCCCGGAGCGACGACGAGCUGACGGUGAAGGAGGGCGACAAGCUGUCGGUGAUCGAGAAGCGGGGCGACUAUGUGCUGGCCAAGAAGCUGACCGGGGAGCCGCAGGCCGGGCUCAUCCCGGCCAACUACGUGGCUCUGCUGCAGGACGAGUUCGCCAAGCAUAAGUGGUACUACGGGAACAUAAACCGCGUGAAAGCAGAGAAGCUGCUGCUCGCUUCCCAAAACAAAGAUGGCGCCUUCCUGGUUCGCAUCAGUGAGAGUCACAGCGAUGAGUACACGGUGUCUGCGCGGAGCGAGGGGAAGGUUUUGCACUUCCGGGUGCAGCGCUCGGUGAUCGGGGCGUUCUUCGUGACAGAUACGCUGUCGUUCGCCACGCUGGGCGAGUUGAUCUCCUACUACCAGAAGAACCCGCAGAGCCUCGGGGUCAACCUGGCGGAGCCGUGCGCCCAGCAGCGGGAACUGUUCGACAUGGAGCCUUGGGAGAGACCGAGGGAAGAGUUCAAACUCCUGUGCAAACUGGGAGAAGGAAACUUUGGACAAGUAUGGGAAGCCAUUUGGACCAAAGAGAAGCGGAAAGUGGCCAUAAAGAUGCUGAAACAAGAGGACACGAAGCAGGACGAGUUUGUGAAGGAGGUGCAGGCGCUGAAGAGCCUCCACCACCCGAAGCUGAUCCAGCUGCUGGCCAUGUGCUCCAGAGGAGAACCCGUCUACAUCGUCACCGAACUCAUGAGCAAAGGAAGCCUCAAGUCCUACCUGGGCUCUGAAGAAGGAAAGCUGCAAACGGCUCAUCUCAUCUACAUGAGCGGCCAGAUCGCAGACGGCAUGGGCUACCUGGAGGACAGACACAUCGUCCACAGAGACCUGGCCGCCAGAAACAUCCUGGUGGGAGACGACCUGAUCUGCAAGGUGGCGGACUUCGGACUGGCCCGGAUCAUUAGGGACAGCGUUUACACUGCCAGCAGAAACACCAAGAUCCCGGUCCGGUGGACGGCGCCUGAGGCGGCGCUGCAUCAACGCUUCUCUGUCAAAUCAGACGUCUGGUCGUUUGGCGUGCUUCUCUAUGAGAUGAUGUCACGCGAAAUGCCGUACGAAGGAAAAAGCAAUCAGGAGGUGAUGGACAUUUUGAAGUCGGGGCAUCGGCUGGGCUGUCCCGACCGCUGCCCUCCCAACAUUUACCGGAUCAUGAAGGACUGCUGGCACACCGACCCGACCCAAAGGCCGUCCUUCCACGCCCUGCAGAACCAGCUGGACACCAUUUAUCAACGCAUUUAUUACAAAACCGUGGAGGUUUAGAGGCGGAGCGGUGCGGAUCCUUCCUCUCCGUGUUUCUGUUUGGGAAAAUGAAGCAGAGCGGCGACCCAAACCAACAUGGAGGACAAACUGGACAGAAACCCAGCGGUAUUCUAGAGUGGAGCCUGUAAAUAGAAACUCCUCAAACUGUUUUUAAACUCCACUCUUGUGUAAUAAUGGAAAUGGUUGGUCUGUGCCACGCUGAGCCUGAAGGUUAUGGUUUCACUUCUGUUCCGAGACAAAACAAGUCAUGAAAAUGGAGAUUUUGUGCAAUAAUUUAACGAAAGCUGAAUUUUUAGCCACAUUAGACGAGAGAAAGGGAAAUGAUUUAGCUUGACUCUUCCUGCUCUGGAGCUAAAUAUCUUGAAGAAAAGCUUUGGUUUGCUGGUUAAAUGACUUUGUUUUCAUCAAACCUCAUCCAGACUGAAACCUGCGUCUCCUUCACGUUAAAGAGAUCAGCAGCAAACUGUACAGAACGUAACGAAUCUUCCUCUAACAGUUUGGUUUAAGGUUAAUUUUUGUUUAGCUUAGCUUGGCUAGCAGCCUAAGGUAUGUAGCUAUAGUUAGCCUCCCCGCUAGCCCUAACCUAGCUCCAAUGCUAGGCAACGUUCCUAUAGCGCAUGUGGAGAAACUCAGUAGCUGCGUUUCCAUCACAAAUAUGCGCAAAACUCUGUCAAUAAUCAAUAAUGCUGAAAAAAAUGCAAUUGUGGUUUUUUCACUAAAUCAGAUCAGAAUUAAAAUCACAUGUGAAUAAGUUUGUUCCUGUGAUAAUUCAGUUAAUUCUACUUCCUGUUUGUCUUCUCCACGGUUUCUGCCAGUGGUAACAUCUGGUUGUUGAUCAUGUGACAUUGUGGAACAAAUUUAAACACAGCUGAAAAAAAUCACCUCAUCGUCGCAACAACACGUUUAUAACUCCCCGUCUCUGCUGAGCAAAUUCAUUUUAGAAAUAUCAAAUUGUGCAUUUAUGUGGUGAAUGGAAACGCAGCUACAGUUUGAGUUUCAGCUUGAAUUUCUGCUUGUUGGCUUGGGACUCUGUUUGCUAAAGUCUAAUAUCUGCAGUUAUUUUGCAGUAAUGGGAUGAGAUUCAGCGGCUGAAUCUUCCAGGUGGGACCAGGGUUUUUAUUUAACAUGCACAGAAUGUUUACUGAGUCAUUGUGUUGAAGAUAGUGAGCAUGCCAGCUUGCUCUGUGGUUUGUGUAAUCCUUAGCACAGUUACUGUAGCCUGCUGCAUUUAGACUGAUUAUCUGACAUGGGCUAACAUAUUUAAUGUUCAGAAAGAUGACUUGUGCUCCAGUGCUGCUCUCAGGACAGACUGUAAGAAGAUCUAUUUUUGUAUUUUUGUUUGUGCACUUUCUCUGCGCUUCCUGGCUUUUAAACUGUUUACCUGUUGCAGGCAUUUCUGGAGGCUCAGCUACAUUUUACAGAUCUAAAGCAUCCAAACAGGAGCAUUUCUAAAAUGCUUUUUUUUUAAUCAGCACAAGAUGAACUUGAAGCACUUAAAAAGCCACUGCAGCAGCACGGUGCCAACAGUCCAGGCCUUAAGCUCUUCUGACGGGCCAAACUGAUGUCCAGUAACAACCAGUGCCUACGUUUACACACAAGCUAACCGGCGACACACGAGCUUCAGG